CGGGUGGGUCGGCGUUUAUAUAAUGCGCUGCCGCUGCUUCUUUGUUGCCAUCCACAGGAUCUCGAAGGCCUCCUUUUUUGGCAAAGGACUCAUCACGGGGGAAGAAGGAGAUGGAUCCGGUGGAGAGGUUGACCUCAGGGUUCGAGCGCUUCAAGAAGGAGGUCUACGAGUAGGUGGCCUGAACGAUCCCACUUUGUUCUCUCAACUCGCACAAGGUCAGAGCCCCAAGUUCUUGGUGUUUGCAUGUGCCGACUCGCGAGUGUGCCCGUCGGUGGUGCUCAGCUUCCAGCCUGGGGAAGCCUUCAUUGUCCGAAACAUCGCCAACAUGGUCCCUCCGUAUGAUCAGACAAGGUACUCCGGGGUUGGGGCUGCCGUCGAAUAUGCCGUCGUCCAUCUCAAGGUUGAGUACAUCGUGGUGAUCGGUCACAGCCGUUGCGGUGGAAUCAAGGGGCUGAUGUCCAUGAAAGAAGACGGCACCACCAGCAGUGACUUCAUAGAGGAGUGGAUGAAGAUUUGCUUACCAGCAAUGGAGAAGGUGAAGGCCGAGCACUCGGCCUUGCCUUUUACGGAUCAAUGCACCCAAUGCGAGAAGGAAGCGGUGAACAUCUCCCUGGAGAACCUGAAGACUUAUCCCUUCGUCACGGAAGAGGUGGAGAAGAACACGUUGAAGCUGAUUGGGGCACACUACGAUUUCGUUGCCGGUAGUUUCGGGACUUGGGAGAUAUGAAGCAGCGUUCCGAAGCCCGGCUCUGAUGGCGAAGCGGAAGCCAUGGAAUAAAGCUGUGGGUCUCUCUCUUAAAAUGAGAAUAGUUUGCUUAUGAUGUAUUGCAUGGGUUUCGUUCCCCUAAUAAAGGGUUUCUUUGUCUUCUUUAAUAUGAUGGUAUCUUUCAAUUUCGCGA